GGCUACCCGAAAGUCUGACACCGCUUCCGGUGUCGCCACCUUCUUUGUCUCCGGCCCAACAUUUCGACACCAGGGGCUGUCUGUUUUUCCCUUUUAGUUCUGAGGAUAUAUUCACACAUAUAUCCAUAGUUUUCUGAUAUUGAAUGACAGUCGACUCUGAAAUAUUUAUGCCUAAAAGUAAAGCGCCAAAAAUGGAUGACCUGGACUACAUCCCAGUAGACCUGAGCCCAGAGGAGCGCUCUGAGCUGGAGGACAUCCGUAGAAGGAAGGGCGUCCUGCUGCAGGAGAUCCAGAGGCUCAGAGAGGAAUUAAGAGAGGCAAUUUUGGAGGUGGAAGGACUAGAGACCAGCACAGAGGGCAGCAAAACUCUACAGAAAAGUAGGCACGUGGCAAUGGGAAGAAAGAAAUUCAACAUGGACCCUAAAAAGGGCAUUGUGUUUCUGGUGGAGAACGAGCUGCUCAGACACACUCCAGAAGACAUCGCUCAGUUCCUCUACAAAGGAGAAGGCCUCAACAAGACCGCUAUAGGAGAUUACCUUGGAGAAAGGGAUGACUUCAACAUCAAAGUUCUUCAGGCCUUCGUUGACCUCCAUGAGUUCACUGAUCUUAACCUUGUCCAGGCCCUCAGACAGUUCCUGUGGAGUUUCCGUUUGCCCGGUGAAGCCCAGAAGAUCGACAGAAUGAUGGAGGCGUUUGCUCAGAGAUACUGCCACUGCAACCCCGGCGUCUUCCAGAGCACCGACACAUGUUACGUGCUAUCCUUUGCCAUCAUUAUGCUGAACACAAGCCUCCACAACCCAAAUGUGAGGGACAAGCCAGGAGUGGACCGCUUCAUCUCGAUGAACCGAGGCAUCAACGAGGGCGGAGACCUGCCCGAGGAUCUGCUCAGAAAUCUCUAUGAAAGUAUUAAAAAUGAACCCUUCAAGAUUCCUGAAGACGACGGAAACGACCUGACACACACCUUCUUUAACCCGGACAGAGAGGGCUGGCUUCUUAAACUUGGGGGACGAGUGAAAACCUGGAAACGGCGAUGGUUUAUUCUAACAGACAACUGCCUUUAUUACUUUGAAUACACCACAGAUAAGGAACCACGAGGUAUCAUUCCCUUGGAAAACCUUAGCAUCCGUGAAGUAGAAGACCCAAGAAAACCUAACUGCUUUGAGCUUUACAUCCCCAACAACCGCGGUCAGCUGAUUAAGGCGUGCAAGACGGAGGCUGAUGGGCGAGUAGUGGAAGGAAACCACAUGGUGUAUCGUAUCUCCGCCCCCACACCUGAGGAGAAGGACGAAUGGAUCCACAGCAUCAAGUCUGCUGUCAGUGUUGACCCCUUCUACGAAAUGCUUGCUGCCAGGAAGAAACGUAUAUCACUGAAGAAGAAAGAGGAGCAACCGUAGAUUACCCUCCCACUCCCUCCCUGUCUUCCUUUGUCCUGCUCAUCUCUUCUUCCAACACUGGACUCAUGUCCUCAUCCCACCUUCUUACCGCCUAUUCAUAAGUUUUGUUGCCCCUCCUUCCUCGUCCUCAAACACACCCUCAUCUGACUCCUUCCGAUCCCGUACACCAGACUGUUGAAAACCACAUUCAGAGUGAAGUGCUCACCCUGCUGUGGCUGAAUCUUCUUCUCUUGGUUCUUACACUACUGCUGUUAUACACAACCUUGAUACACUACAGCCAUAGCACACCCACCACCUGUCCCGUCUUCUCACCACAUUCCUCUGUGAAACUUGUCUCAGACCAUAUUCACACCAAUGUAACUACUUGUUUCCUGUUUUGGCCUUUAAUCCACACUUCUCAAACUGCUCACCGUAUGUGGACAGAUUUGCAAACGUUGAGAAAAUGGAGCCUUUUAAAAAUGCGCUGCAGGUGAUAGCUGAGCAGAAAUGUGUAAGGCUGCUGGCUGAAUAUUUCUACAUUCUUUUGGCGUCUCAGUGUACGGCGGACUUUUAGACAGCGAAAAUGCUUGUGUGGACUGAAAUCUUCGAAACGGGUAUCUUUUCAACAUCCAUCUGUGCAUUACUGUGAAUAUGGUCUUAUUCAGGGUAGCAAGCAGCUUCGGUUCUUGUGAAGUCUUCUUUCACAUGUAUUGAGGCUGCCUUUAAUAAGAAAUUGCCUUUCUUGAUUAUGCUUACCCCCAGACAAUGUGAAGUCAGUUCAAACACACAGUUAGUGUUGACCUGAGAGGAUGGAGGAUCAGUUUAAGGGUACAUUCAGACAUGAUCCAGAGCUGCGGCGGAAACAUCUGAGUGUGGGUGGUGUGGAAAUAAGAGAAGUUGAGCCGGAUGUAACAAACACAGCCCGACUUCACGCUGCGGCUGCCAAUCAGAUGAUCAGACCGGUCAGCCUGAAAUGUCUCUGAAACUGAGGCUAUCCAGGACUAAACUCUGACACUCAAAAUAGUGACACGAAGACGUUUAAUUGGUUUGUGUCUGAUGGUUUGAGAGAGAGAGGGAGGAAGUGAGCACUAGUUAGGAGACGGACAGUGAAUAAAAGUGAGUGAGCGCCGGCAUCGAUAAAGCCAGUUAAUCAGAGAAAUAAAAACUUAUUUCCUGAUUGUUUCACAGCGAUUACGCUCAAACACACUGCUGCACAACUCUCCUGCGGGUCACCGCGUCGCCUGAUCCUGUCUGAAUGUACCCAAAGUCACAAAGAUACAGACAGAGCCGUUGCUUCCUAUAGUACUGCUUUGGUACACGUUACUACUGUCUACACUACAAUACUGUAACAUUUUGUUACACUACUGUUUAUAUCGCCGAGUUACUGUUGAUCUUAAGAUAUGUUAGGCUUUACUUGCAGAAUGAAUGGAGACAAACACAAGCAGCUUCUCUCCUGCCAGAUUGCAGCUUGUUUCAGCUUACUGAGUCAAUAUUUAGGCAUGUUUUCAACAUGUUUGAGCAAUAGCAGAGAAAACCGUAGUUCCAGCCUGGAAGCUUGUUAACAAACACUAUACUGAGCGAACGAUUCAUCGCGUCCUGUCAGAUGUAAUGUUCUCGCAUGCCACAAAUCAUUUCCCUCUCGCUCGACACUACAAGACGAACAUCAACACCUCUUUCUCACGUGUAAUAACUCUGUCAGACGUUCAACUGUUAGAGCCUGGUCUGUCCGCUAUAGUGAGUUUUAAGAAAUCACAAAGGCAGCUCAUUACAAUGUAUACUUUUUUUGUAAAUAGAUGUUAGCAUAUUUGUUUACGAUACACAUAGAAAUGAUUUAAUUUAUUCUUUAUCUUUUGUUAAGACCUGAUUUUUGUACGAGCUACUGUAGGACUGCAUGUUGAUAAACGGAGGCGUCGGUCGUAGGUACUGAUGCGUCGCUGACCAUGCUAGUGCACUGAUUUGAAAAGUGUUAGUGUUCCCUGUUGACUUUGAAAAAUUUAAUAUGGAAGUUGAUUUAUGCAUAGAGUAAAUUGUCUUAAUUGUAGUUUCUUUUUGGGAGAAGAUAUUAAGAGAUGUUUAGUAGUCUGGUUUAUCUCUCUAAAACAGACUCUGUAAAGCACAAGCAGCACUCACACUCUGUUGAACUAACGUCCAGGUUUUGCUUCAUUGGCUGCUCAGUGUGAGGAAGAUAUUCACAAGCUCAAAUUUGAAAAUUUUUCCAUCAUGCCACAGUGAUGAAGAAUGAAGAGACAAAACAAGGAACACUAACAAAGCUUUGAUUCAUUAUAUAAUAGUAAAGAUAUUCAGAUGUAAUGAAUCAGUAACAAGUUUAGAUUUGUGUCCUGUGAUAGAUUUGCUUGACAUCCAGUUCAUAAACUUUCUAGUAGUUUAUUGAAUUGGCAUUUUUAGAUGGUAGUAAAAAAAAAAUUGUCGACUGCACUUUAUCAAUUUUAGCAUUUUGGACAAAAUGCUGUUACUUUGACUGACAAUACUCCGUAGCACCCUCUACUGAUGAUUCACACACACUGCAAUAUGCUGAAGGAUGAACCAUGAACUGUGUAGAAAUACUAUAUAACUCCACCGCCUGGUCAGUGCCAGCUAUAGCAGCAACAGUUUCUGACCGACAUGUACUGUAUAGAGCUUCAUUUGUUCACCUGAUAUAAAGAUGACGUGGUUCAAAGUUGAAUGGGGUCUUUUCUCUGUGAUCAGAACAUGCAGACCUUGUUUUAAAGACACAGCAAGUGAUUAUUGGUCCUUCAAAUCUACGAUUGCCUUUUACUCUCCUACUUCA